AUGUCGGUAUGGGUUUUGAUAGGGGUCAUUGCUCGCCUAGCGAUGCAGAUGGGUUAUCACCGCGAUCCCAAAAUGUUUCCAAAUAUUUCUCCUUUUCAGGGUGAGAUGCGAAGGCGGGUGUGGGCGUUUAUCCGACAGGCUGAUCUGCUGCUAUCGUUUCAAGUCGGUCUACCGUCCAUGAUACGUACAGGAGAUUGUGAUACAGAGCUUCCACGAAAUUUGCAUGAUACCGAUUUCGACGAAGAUACGGUCAAGCUUAUGCCUGAAAGACCCAUAGAUGAAGCUACGCAGAUCUCGUUUCUCAUCAUCAAGGCGAAGCUUGCGCUUGCGUUUGGACGAGUAUUGGAAACCACACAGAAGGUUACUGGAUCGUCGUAUGAAGUGGUCAUGGACGUGGAUCAUCAACUUCGCCAGACGCGGGAUUUGAUUCCCGAACGGAUGAGUUUUAAACCCAUCGUGGAGUGUAAUGAGUCCUUAAAUGUUGUCAGGUCAAGAUUUAUGAUUGUAAGUAUUUAUCAUAGAGCGCAAUGCGUGCUCCAUCGAAGAUUCCUCCACCGCGGCCGCGAAAACCCGCGCUAUACGUACUCCCGUCGCACCUGCAUCGAGAGCGCGAUGGAACUGCUCCGAUUCCAAAACAUUCUCCAAGCAGCAUUUAAAACCAACCCUAGCAUCAAGGCCAACAUGGGCUACAUGGCCGCCUCCAGCACCCAAGAUUUUCUGAUGUCUUCUACAAUAUUAGCACUCGAUAUAUACCAACUCAUGCAAGAAAACUCCUCCGGCCGUAGCCCCACCGACACCUUUGUGCUAGGAGUAGACCGAUAUCAAGAAGAGCUUGCGAUGUUGCGCAGGUCCAGGGAUAUGUGGAAUGAACUCAAAGAUCAAUCUGCGGACGCGUGGAGAGCUAUUGCUAUCAUUGAUGUGCUGCUGGGGAAGUUAUUUCCGGACCAGUCACAGCAGGAUCAGGAUGGCAGCGACGAGGGCGCUCCUGCAGAGCCGCCUGCGGCGCCAACACCAGAAGGGCCGUUCGAACCGCAGGAUGAAAAGCAAAAUGCGGCCAUGACGCUGGGCCUGCUGAGCACUGGGUUGAACCAAAUGGGCUCGACGGUUCCUCCGCAGUUUGGUGACACCGAUCAUAUGAAGUUGGAGUCUUCUGGGUUUGGCAGUGGUAUCAAUCAAGGAGGAAUUAUUGACUCGAUGCAAGUACCAACGCCCGGCGGGAUUGGCUUGGGAACGGGAACAUUUGGACAAAUGCUGACAAUGCAGCCAUUCAAUUUGGAUUGGGAUGCAUGGGACAACUACAUUCAAACGACCGCAACAGACCCGAACAACCAGAGUUGGCCUAUGUUUGAUAUUCAAGGCUUCUCCACUGGGCCUUUACAGCCAUCCCCGACUCCACCACCUCCACCAAUACUCUCACAACAAAGGCAACAACGAGCGCAUCAAAAUCUGCCACAUUCGUCGCAGCAACAGACACAGGAACAACAAACUUGCUCCGAAACAACAGGUGCCAAAAGAGCAUAUUCCAUGCAACAGAACGUUUUCGAUUCCGCAGGUCGUGGCUAG